UUUGUGAUCUGUGUUUUAUUUUCACACGUGUGUCGUGUAUUGUAUUGAAUUUCUUACAAUUUUUCAUUAUUAAUACUAUAUGUAUUAUUAAAAUUAAAUGAAAGUAUGGAUUAUGAGGUAGGCAGUAUAGCGGCUUUGAUUUCAGGCGAUGUUACCCCGAAUCGCCCUAAAGUAGUGAGGAGAGCUCUAACACCGAUAAAACAUCAACAGUCUCCUAACGUUACGCCUAAAAGUGAAUUUGUAGACGAUAGGUCCAUAUUCCUUUCUCCUAGUCUUCAAAAGAAAAAGGCUAUUGUUAAAAAAUCGCCUAAAAGAAUAUUUCAAAAUCCUAAUUUAGAUGUAACCUCUGACAACUCAACAACGAGCCCAAAGGCAGACAAAGUUAAAAAGCAUCUGGAGGACGAUUUAGACAAUGAUAAUUCGCAUUUGGGAAGUCCUAAGUCACCUGGAAGUAAACAUAAUAUGACACCCAAUAAUAGCAUUGAAGAUCAAGAAACUGCUAAAGAAGAAAAUAAAAUUAAAAAGAAUAAAAAAAUACGCCAAUCUUUAUCUGACCACGCUAUUGGAAUUGUAAAUGGUGAUCAAUCGUUAACAGAGAUUAAAAAUCUAAAACAGAAGGGUAAGUUAUCUAAAAACCAGAGUGAUGAAACACAUAUUUCUAUGAGUACAGAAAACAUGACCCCCAAAAAUAAAACCAAUAAAAAGAGGAAAUCAACUGAACCUAUUGGAAAAACUAAUGAAGAUAAAAUAGUUUCUAAUAAUGAACAUCAGCAGUUGAAUGAAAAUAUGGUUGAUAUAGUAGUAGUACCUCAAAAGAAAAAGAAGACAUCAAAGAAAUUAAACACCAAAAAAGUUAUUGAAGAAACUAAUAAAAGUGAUCAUACUAGCAUAAAUUCAGAAAUGAGUGACAAUGUCAAAGGUAAAUCUAAAAAAAAGAAUAAGACCAUUGUUAACCCCAAUGCCAUAAUAGACAAAGAUUCAGAUUCAGAGCAUGAGUCUGAUAAUGAGAUAGAAUCAGAAACUGAAUAUGCCAAUAAUGAAAUACUAGACACUGGCCCUGUUGAUGAUAGUUCAGACGAAGAAGAAGAACCAUCUGGGAAGGCUAUAUCACCAAAAGUUGAAGUGGAGCCAGUAACCAUAGAUGAGAUAAAAAGAACACUGUUUGUGGGCAAUGUGCCCUUUAGUAAUAAAUGUAAAAAAGAAAUUAAAAGCAUUUUUAAUAAGUAUGGAGCCAUUGAAACAAUUAGGAUCCGCACUGUACCUGUAAAAGAUGGCAGAGUAACACCAAAACUGGCUGUUAUUAAAAAUGAAUUGCACCCAGAUAGAUCUACUGUCAAUGUUUAUGUGAAGUUUAAGGAGUCAUCAUCUGUUGAUGAGGCAUUAAUUGAGAACAAUACAGUGUUGAAUAAUAAUCAUCUCCGAGUUUCGAGGAGCGACUCAACUGGCGCAGAACACGACCCACGUCUCUCUGUGUUUGUUGGGAACUUGCCAUUUGCUCUGGAAGAUGAGGGCUUGAGGGAGAAGUUUGAGAAAUGUGGCAACAUUGUCUCUGUUAGGAUUAUAAGGGACAAAAAGACCAAUGCUGGAAAAGGAUUUGGUUAUGUAAAUUUUGAAUCAAAGGAUGGAGUAGAAUUAGCUCUAGCUUUAACAGAUGAGGAUUUGACCAUAAAAAAUAGAAUAUUACGCGUCAAACGAUGCACUCAAGUGAGUAAUAAAAGUAACAAUCGAGGGAAUAAUUUUAAAGGCAAACAGUUUAAUCAGAAUGGCAGGUAUAAUCAAAAUAAACAAGGGAAAAACUUUUCAAGAAAUUAUGAUGGAAAGAAUAUUGCAGAGAAUCAAGGCAGAAAAUUCCCAGGACAAUAUCAGGGCAGGAAUUUUUCAGGACAAACUCAAGGAAGGAAUUUCACAGGGCAAAAUCAGGGAAGGAAUUUCUCAGGUCAAAAUCAGGGAAGGAAUUUCUCAGAUCAAAAUCAUGGCAGGAAUUUCUCUGGGCAAAACCAGAGAAGGAAUUUCUCUGGGCAAAACCAGGGAAGAAAUUUCUCUGGGCAAAAUCAGGGAAGAAAUUUCUCAGGGCAUAAUCAAGGAAGGAAUAUCUCAAGUAAUAAUGACGGAAACAAUCAGUUCAAGGGCAAACAAAACUUUGGACAAAACCAGCGUAAUAAUGAUAUGGUUGAGGGUGCAGAACGAAGGAUUAUGAAUAAAAGAAAAAAUCAGGAGAGUGGUGAAGUACCUACCAAUGAGAGACCAAACUUUAAAGAACAACCCAGAGAAAAGAAAGUGAGAAAGGAAUUUGUUGGCAUGACAUCUGAAAAGAAAAAGAAACACACGUUCAAUAAAGGUGAUAAGAAGAAGAAAAUUUUAAGUGAGAUUUUAGCCAAUAAAUAAUGUGCUUUACGUGCGAGUUGUUAUUUUUAUUUAUUAAAUAAAUACACUGAAUACAAA